CCAGAAACCGCGGCCCGAUACGGCCGGCCAGCCGCCGAUACAGCCGGCUCGCCCCCGCCCCGCCGCCGCCGCCACCGCCGCCGCCGCAGCAGCCCUAUCGGAUCGAGAGGUCAAGAUUUGUCGGAGGCAGCCUGACGAUGACAUCCACCGCCGGGGAGACUCCAAAACUCCUCCCCUUCGCUGCCCUGCGAAAUGCCACAUCGGUCAUACAGUCGCCCAUCAGCUCCACGUCUCGGUCCUUGUACCGACCCUCUCAGCCGCCCCCUGACGUGGCGCCGCAGCACGACGGCUGGCCGGUCAUGGACGCUGCUCACCCGGCUGGUCCCAGCGAGCUGCAGCCGCUGACCGCGUCGCCGCCGUCGGAUGCCGGGUGUCUUCUCCCGCCGCCGCCAGGCACACCGCCGGCCAUGUGCCUGCUGACGCCCAUGGAGCCGUCGCCGCCGCCGCUGCUGCCACUGAGCACCGUGCUGCCGCCGGCUGCCAGCGCGGGCGCCGUACCCUGCUCCCUCAGCGAACACCAGCAGAAGGUGUCCAUGUCUCGACGUCAGGACCAGUCCUGCCACAACUGUCAGACCAUGAACACGUCUCUGUGGCGGCGGGACGCCAACGGCAACACGGUCUGCAACGCCUGCGGCCUGUUCGCCAAACUGCACGGACACAACCGACCGCUCAGCAUGCGCAAAGACGAAAUUCAGCCGAGGAAGCGAAAGCCUAAGUCGGAGGCGGACGGCAGUGGCCGCAGUCGUCGGAGACGCAACCAGGCCAGCCGCGCCACCAUUGGCGUCGACAUCGUCAACCGCGCCAUGAAUGUCGUCGGUCUGACGCAGAACGGGCUGGGCAUGGGCUCCAUGGCGCAACUGACCCAGUCGUCAGUGAUCAACCCGCCGGUAUACCCUCGAGACGACCGGAGCCCGCCCUCCAUGUACCACCCCGCCGUGCCGCCGCCGCCACCGCCGCCGCCCGCCGUCGCCUCGACACACCUGAUGCUGCCGGCGCUGUACAGCUCCCAUUCGGUGACAUCACCCGCUCCGGUGACGUCAUAUCCGUCCUCGGCACACCAGCCGCUGCCGUCCUACAGCAGCGUGAGUCGCUACCUUCAGCCGGAGCGAGGCCCGUCGCCCACCGGCGCCAUCUAUCGACCCGACAGUCCCGCCACCUAUAUGCCGGGCGCUAGCGUCUUGCCGAGUAGCUCGUUGCAUAUGGCGACUACGGCGCUCGAUACGUUAAAUGAUAUUCAGGAGAUGGUGGCCUGUGACCUGGGCCUAAGUGAGCGCGCCCCGCCGGUGGCGGCACAUUGCGGUGCCGAGCAGUACUAUCAACACUAUUAGUAACACUAGGCGGCGCUGCAGUCCAGGCUUCAUCGGUAGGGAACUCGCCGAGGCACUCCGAAUGCCCAUUUCACCAGCGCUUAUAUCGGCUUUUGUGAUGAAAGCAGCCCACAGUGCGCAGACCGAAGUAAUCGCACUAUGUGGCGCGAUUGUUUCUCGGAUAAUCACGCCACUGCUUCUUCUUGGUUGUGUUCCUAGUUGAACUGAAGGCCAGGAGUUUGGACAUUGUAUGAUGCUGGACAGUGGACAUACGAUAGAUCGUAUACACAAACACUAUAAUAUGAGCCAUAACCAUUGCCAGUGCUAGUCUGCCAGGCUCAGUGAUCGUAAGCAGUGGCCAGUAAAAUGCGGACCAACAUUUGUCGAAAGUGAAAAUGUGGAACCAGUGACUUCUAGUCGCACACCACCGAACUGAACUGCUUCGUCGUUAUAUUUAGACAAAUGCAUGUGCUUUGGGGCUAUUUGUUACGCGGUUAUUUAUGGUUCUUGCAGAACAUUGAUUCUCGCUGCCUGCAAGCAAAUCUGCAUUGAGUGCUCGGAAAUUGGCUACAUUAGAUCGCGGGAAAGCAGAUUUGUACCUACUCUGUGAAACGGCUUUCAACUGAACGAAGCACAACGUAGCUAAGCAGGCGAGAAAACCAAAGAGUGUCAACGCGUAUCAUUGUCGCCCUUGUCCACUAAACGAAAUAAUGUGUAACAACGAGGACUCCAGUCCUUUUUAAGAUCCGAACUAUGAGAUUGCAAUGGCGAUGUUUUAAUUUGCGGAUAACUAUCUUCCGUUACAUUCGACUUGAUUUGUGCAUCUGUCUGUAGUUAUCUGUAUACAUUGAUUCACCGCACGGCGCACAGCGCACUGCCUGCCGCCUGGCGUGCUGAAAUAAUAACUAUAAGUUGAUAACAAUACGAAAUUCAGCAGGCAUGUGAUAACAAAAUACGUUCCACAGAGUGAAAGUUCGUAGAUGCGUUAUAAAGGUUGUGCCACGUACCAGCGUUGCCUGUAAGUGAGGACAAUUCGACUGUCUGGCUGCAUCCACAUAGCACUGCGUGCCUGACAAUGCUCGGUGGCCAGUUGCGUUUUUUGACAUCCCACCACGCUACUUUCAUAAUAAAUGUGUCUGCUUUGCAUAUAUUCAUCUCUCGCACAUCUGUCAUUCACGCUAUGUGAAACUGUUUCGUGUGAUCAAAUGCAAAUGAGGUCAGGCCCGCCCCCUAAUUUCGUUUGAUUGUGACAGAUAUAUCCUGAUCAAACAAUUAAGUGCCCUUGAAUUACACGCCUUGUUAUUUAGUUGGGGUUAGGCGAUCACACUUAUGCUAAACUAAAGCUGUGCAAAUGCGUGCCUUGUACGGCCAAGUCCAGCAUGCGGUUGUUAGUUUUAUAAGAAAAUGUAUGAGUGACAUUUAGCGCUUUAGCAUGCAUGUUAGUAAUUGCGUUACAUACGUGUUAUGGUGCUGUCAAUUGGAUUGUUCUACGAGUAUGCGUUUCAUUUUUCAUUAACCCGCGCCCCAGUGGCGGUCUCCGCCAACUUCGCCCUAGUGAGGGGGGGCAUAUGUUACCACCCACCUCUAACUCAAAAACUAAGAGGGCUAGAAAGACGCGGUGAAAAGCAGUCGAUAGCUCUUGAUGCGUACGUUUGAAAGUAUUUCAGUCAUUUUUCAUCUUAGAGCAAUAUUGGGGUCACCAGAGGUCAUCAAAGGUCAAAAUUUGCGAAUUGUCAUUAUAUUUUUCAGAAAAUAUGCCAUUAUCUCAGGAACUAUGAUAGCUAGAAAAACGCUGGGAAAAGCAAUCGAUAGCUUUUGAACUCUUCUUUUGAUAAGGUCAUCAUCAAAAAUGACCUCAGGUCAACGGUUUAGCCUCCAGAGGGCAAAAACUCCAAAAAUAGCUGUUUUUAAGAAAAGUGUUUUUCGACAAUAACUUUUGACUAAAAAAAGCUAGGUCAUUUCUAAUGCCAGAAUCGUGUUCCUCUCGCCGAGACGCGUCGAAUGAACUAUACUUUGACCUUGAAAGGUCAACUUCAAAAUUUGACCUCAGGUCAAGGUCAUGACCUGACCGAAAAAGGUCAUGUUGCAUAUCAGUCGAUGCGUCUCGGCAAGACAAACACAAUGAGGCCAACCCCAGCGUUCUAUCUCUUUCCAAUCGAGAGUUAUUGGCAAAAAACUGUUUGUAGCCUCAAAUGACCUCGGAUGACCUUUCAAGAGGCUAUCAGCAAAAAAGACACCUUGGUUGUCACGGGUGGUCCAAAUCAUUGUUAUCCUGAAAUAUUUGGACUGUUCCAAUGCGUACACACGGAUCUAGAGGCAUUUUCGUUUUUCUCCAUUGACUUAUAAUGGAAAGGUCACGCCACUGACCUGACCUUAGGUCACGCAUAUAAAAAAUCCGAGAUAUACAAAUUGUAGGCACCCAUAACAUCAUGUAAUCCACCAAGUUUGAAACCUCUCUGACAAACACUGCAGGCUGGACAUGAUUGCAAACUUUUUUUUUAGGCUUGGUCAGUUAACUUGACCUAGUGACCUGACCUGACAUGACCUGGGGUCAAAAAUUUCACACAUUGUCCAAAAUUGAUGUACCAAAAGCGACCCCAAGCAGCGCGGCGCUACGCGCCGCGGUUUUUUAUUUAUACGAAAAAAACGCGACAGGGUGGUAACAUAUGCCCCCCCCCCCACUGGGGCGAAGGUUAAUCGUCUCAAAACCGAAAAGCGAUUAAACAAGCGAUUAAAGAAGAUAAAAUAAGCGGUUUUAUUACUUGCGAGAUGCCUGCUCCAAAGCUGAGCUUACCUGAGCUGUGUGUGGGUAUGCGACUGUGUAACGUUGUCCUCUAUGGAAAUGGAGCGAGAAGGCUUUUGUUCAUUCGUCCUCUAUGGUUGAAACUGAUACGAAUUGUCGUGUGCGUUUAUGUAUUUGUGACGGUAUGUUACGGCUGGGCGAGAGUGGCUCUCCUAUAAAUACACAUCUCAUACGAAGA